AUGGUUAGCCCAAGAGCCACUCGAUGGCAAAACCGCCUUCCGCACGCACUUCGCCUGCGCGUCAGCGCCUGCACUGAGUCCCAAGCGCAUUCUUCCCGCAUCCCCUGCUUGCUGAGGUUCUUCAUUUUCUCCGCCGUGUGUACCCUAGCCUACAUUGGCGGUGUGAUUCCACACUCUAGACCAGCGCCGCCAAAACCUUCGACACGCUACGAUCUUCCUGGAGGAUUCGGAAGAGUGAUUUCUUUGGACGAGGCGAUUUCUACCCGCGACGGAAUCUCGUUGGAUUCAUCGUGGGAUCUGCGCGAUGACGAGGUGCUGCCUGGAGUGUCGCACGCGCGACUGGCGAAAUGGCGAGCCUCCGCCGCGCGAUCACGGCUGAGCGCCGCAGCUGACGCUGAUACCACGGCUAGAGCUACACCGGUUGACGCCGCUCGAGCCGACGACGAAGCUUCCUAUUCUGACCGCAAGGGAAAGCGUGAAGGUGGUGACGAGCUGUGCGGCUGGCCGGCUCCCGCUGCUCCUGCGCGCGAGACGGAGGAGGGGUUUCAGGGGGACUCGGUGUGGUACAGCACGAACGGCAGCGAGUGGAUGCAGCACGGAUAUCUGGAGAUGCUUCUAGCGGAGAUGGCAGGGCGCAGAGGGGUACUAGCGGGGAUUGCGGGGGACGAAUCGGAGGCUGUAUGCGUGGCGGUGUAUCUGCCACCUCAUUGGUUCCCCUGCUCCGACUCGCCAGCUGGCUGCCAGCUGGCGGUGUGGGUCCGCCCCGCGUCGUCCGACGUGGCGCUGCUGUACCACCUGCUCGACACGCGCGCCUUCCGCUUCCUGCGCCCCUCGCUGCUGCCCCACUUCCGCCCGUCCGCCAUCCUUGAUGCGGGCGCCAACAUCGGGCUUGCCUCCCUCAUCUUCGCCCUGCGCAGUGGAGCCGGCGCGGGACAACUUCGCGCUGCUUGCUCAUUGCUUUCUCCUUGCCUCCAUUAUCCCCCUCCUGCCUUGCCCCCUCCCCCAAGCAGCUUCCCCCGUGCGCUGAUAGUGGCAGUGGAGCCGGCACGGGACAACUUCGCCCUGCUGCAGCGCAAUGUGAAGCACCUGCCCCGGAUACUGCCAGUCAAUGCCGCCCUCUGGUCGCACGACACCCGGAUAGCCGUCACAGGCGGCCGCAGGGAGGGCUUCUGGGCGUACGAGACACACGCGUGUGGGGAGACGCAGCAGGCACAUGAGCAGCAGGAGAAACAGCAGCAGCUUGUACAGCAGCAGCAGGAUCUGCAGGAUCAGCAGGAUCAGCAGCAGCAGAAAUCCAGCAGCAGAACGGAUUCCCUGUCUCACCCAUCCUCUGCUGCUGCCACUGGCAGCCACUCACCUGCUCCCGCCUCCCCCUGCAUGCCCGCAGUCUCAGUGCCGUCGCUGCUGCAGCGCAUGCAGGUGCCACGGUUCGACUACGCGAAGAUUGACAUUGAAGGCGCUGAGAUCGAGGUGUUCUGCUCCGCUGCCCUGGCCAGGGCAGGCGGAGGAGGGGGAGGAGGAGGGGGAGGGGGAGGGGGAGGGGGAGGGGGAGGGAGAGGGAGAGGGAGAGGGCAAAGAGAAGAGGGUGAAGGAGAAGGAGAAGUGGGAGCAGAGUGGCAGCAUGAUGUGGCAGUGGUGUCAGUGGAGGUGCAUGAGGACUUGGCGCCAGGGAUAGGCGCGUGCAUGGAGGGGGUGUAUCCGCGCACGCGGUAUGACGUGCGCACAUACGGGGAGAACACUGUUUACUUUAGCCCCCACGUGUGGGUGCAUGCACUCAAGCCAUUGGAUCUGAGUGUGCGGUAA